GUAAAAUAACAAAAAAUUUGUUUUCCCGAUUCCGGAGUCGUUGAAGGGCCAGAUAAAAGAAGCCGAUACCAAACUGGCCGCAUGAUAUACGUACCGAAAUUCAACUGGGAUUUGUUGUAGCGGGUCGAACACAGGUGUUGACUAAUCCUUUAUUGACAGUCUGGGAGAGAGAUAGAAAGAGAGGAGAGAGAGAGGGAGAGAGAAUUCAUCACGACACAUCUCCCCUCUAAAUAUAUGUGUGUAUCUCUCUCCGAGUAAUCUUGUGAGUGAAGUGGAGAAGACAGCAAUCUUAGCCACCAGUAGGCAUUCUCCAAUCGGUGAGCUUUGUGUAAAGUUUGAAUCUUGCUAAUUUUCAUUUCAAGAUUCAAUUUUUCCCUGAUCAAGAAUUCACAUUUUAACCCUAAUUGAACUUGAUUAGUGCAUUCAGAUUAUGAUCCAAUUUGGUAUUUUCUAGAUUCAAGAAAUGGGGUUGAAGAAAAUUCCUAGUCGUUAUGUGAUUGUUAUAUUGACAUUUUUAUGUACUUGUGUAUGUUAUAUCGAAAGGGUUGGGUUUUCCAUUGCGUAUACUAUUGCUGCUGAUGCAGUUGGUGUUAAUCAGUCUAGUAAAGGGACUAUUUUGUCUACAUUUUAUUACGGGUAUGCUUGUUCACAAGUUCCGGGUGGGUGGGCUGCUCAGAAAAUUGGGGGUAGGCGUGUUCUUCUUUUGUCGUUCGUAUUGUGGUCCAUGACUUGUGCUUUGGUUCCGUUGGAUCCCAAUAGGGUGGCGUUGUUGGUUUUAGCUAGAUUGUUAGUUGGGGUCGCUCAAGGGUUUAUUUUUCCUUCAAUUCAUACGGUUUUAGCUCAAUGGGUGCCGCCCCACGAGAGGUCUAGAUCAGUUUCACUUACGACGUCUGGAAUGUAUCUUGGUGCUGCUAUGGGGAUGUUGUUUCUUCCAAGCUUGGUGAAAUUUAGGGGUCCGCAGUCUGUAUUUCUUGCUGAAGCGGGUUUAGGUGCAAUGUGGUCUUUUCUUUGGUUUAGAUAUGCUUCCGACCCUCCAAGAUCUGAGCAUCCUAAAGCUUCUGCUGCUGGUUUUGGGGAAUCUUUGUUGCCCGUUAAAGGGAAUCAAAGGAUCAACAUGGAAAAUGGAGGGCAUUCUAGCAAAACUUCGAAAAUUCCAUGGAAGAGGAUAGUAAUUAGCUUGCCGGUUUGGGCUAUUGUGGUGAAUAACUUCACCUUUCAUUAUGCUUUGUAUGUGCUUAUGAACUGGUUGCCUACUUACUUUGAAUUGGGACUGCAACUUAGUCUUCAAGAAAUGGGUUCAUCUAAGAUGAUGCCUUAUCUUAAUAUGUUCAUAUUCUCCAAUAUCGGAGGAGUGGUUGCUGAUCAUUUGGUCACCAGGAGAAUUCUGUCUGUGACUGCUACAAGGAAGGUCUUGAAUACCAUAGGAUUCAUUGUGGCUUCAUUUGCCUUGAUGGCUAUUCCUUUGUUCAGAAGUUCCAGUGGAGUUGUAUUUUGUUCUUCUGUUGCCCUUGGUUUCCUGGCACUUGGUAGAGCUGGCUUUGCCGUUAAUCACAUGGAUAUUGCUCCAAGGUAUGCUGGAAUUGUGAUGGGAGUUUCUAAUACAGCUGGCACUUUAGCUGGCAUCAUUGGUGUUGACCUGACAGGCAAGCUUCUUGAAGCUGCCAAAACUGCUAAUUCAGACCUUUCAGAUGCUGAUAGCUGGAGACUGGUUUUCCUUAUACCAGGGUUGCUCUGCAUCUUUAGUUCUAUUAUCUUUCUAUUGUUUUCAACUGGGGAAAGGAUAUUUGACUGAGUUAAGCUAUCCCCGAAUGUCGAAUCUAUAAUGUCUUAUAUUUAAAUGUGUAGCAUAGACCUUUUUAAUGUACUGGUGUCUUGUCAUGCCUACUAAUGCUUUUUGUCCAGCAUCUAGAGCAGACAAAUUCGUAUAGCAGCUUCUGGAAUCCAGAAACUACAGAAUAGUAAGCUUAGUUGUGUAAUGUGGUAGCUUCGGGCUUCAGAAACAACUUUAUUCAUUGGUUGAGAUUGCUAUAUCACUACAUAUAUGUAAUCCUUUGAUCUAUACAUGAACUUUAUUUC